CGCGGAGGAGCUGCGGCUCUUCCUGUGGCUGGGGGGGAGCGGCGAGGUGGCCGCCUUGCGCCUCCUCGGACUUCCCAAGUGGGGGCAGAGCAACCGCUCACCGAGCCGCCAGUUAGAAGGCACAGGGAAAGAGGGACGGCCAAACUCCUCCUCAGCACCUCCUCUCCACCCCCUUUUGGCUCCUGCCCUUCGAGAAAGUGGAGUGUGGCUCUUGGUUAUCCUUAUUUCUUCGGACUGCUUCGUGGUGCACGGAUUCAGCGGCUUCCCAGUGGGGUUUUCCGCUGUUGGCGCGUCUCUCUGUGUGGUUCCGCCCGGCACACCUCUGUCGACGAUGAGGAAAGGUCUACGGGCGACAGCGGCCCGCUGCGGACUGGGACUGGGAUACGUGUUGCAAAUGCUCGUGCUACCUGCCCUGGCCCUCCUCAGUGCCAGCGGUACCGGCUCGGCCGCUCAAGACGACGACUUUUUUCAUGAACUCCCAGAAACCUUUCCAUCCGAUCCACCUGAACCUCUACCACAUUUUCUUAUUGAGCCUGAAGAAGCUUAUAUUGUGAAGAAUAAGCCUGUGAACCUGUAUUGUAAAGCCAGUCCCGCCACCCAGAUCUACUUCAAGUGCAAUAGUGAAUGGGUUCAUCAGAAGGACCACAUAGUAGAUGAGAGAGUAGACGAAACCUCUGGUCUCAUUGUCCGGGAAGUAAGCAUUGAGAUUUCGCGCCAGCAAGUCGAAGAACUUUUUGGGCCUGAAGAUUACUGGUGCCAGUGUGUGGCCUGGAGUUCAGCGGGCACCACAAAGAGCAGAAAGGCCUACGUGCGCAUCGCAUAUCUACGGAAGACAUUUGAGCAGGAACCCCUGGGAAAGGAAGUAUCCUUGGAACAGGAAGUGUUGCUCCAGUGUCGACCACCUGAAGGGAUCCCAGUGGCUGAGGUGGAAUGGUUGAAAAAUGAAGACAUAAUUGAUCCCGUUGAAGAUCGGAAUUUUUAUAUUACUAUUGAUCACAACCUCAUCAUAAAGCAGGCCCGCCUCUCAGAUACUGCAAACUACACUUGUGUGGCCAAAAACAUCGUUGCCAAGAGGAAAAGCACGACAGCAACUGUCAUAGUCUAUGUCAAUGGUGGCUGGUCCACCUGGACAGAGUGGUCUGUGUGUAAUAGCCGCUGUGGACGAGGAUAUCAGAAGCGCACAAGGACCUGCACCAACCCAGCACCACUCAAUGGUGGUGCCUUCUGUGAGGGGCAGAGUGUGCAGAAAAUAGCCUGUACCACCUUAUGCCCAGUGGAUGGCAGGUGGACUUCAUGGAGCAAGUGGUCUACUUGUGGGACCGAGUGCACGCACUGGCGCAGGAGGGAGUGCACGGCGCCCGCCCCCAAGAACGGAGGCAAGGACUGUGAUGGCCUCGUCUUGCAAUCCAAGAACUGCACUGAUGGGCUUUGCAUGCAGAGUUUCCUUUAUCCUAUUUCAACUGAACAGAGAACCCAGAAUGAAUAUGGAUUUUCUUCUGCUCCUGACUCAGAUGAUGUUGCGCUGUAUGUCGGCAUUGUGAUAGCUGUGAUAGUUUGCCUGGCCAUUUCUGUAGUGGUGGCCCUAUUUGUAUAUCGCAAGAACCAUCGCGACUUUGAGUCUGAUAUUAUUGACUCCUCGGCACUCAAUGGAGGCUUUCAGCCCGUGAACAUCAAGGCAGCGAGACAAGAUCUCCUGGUGGUACCCCCAGACCUCACAUCGGCCGCAGCCAUGUACAGAGGACCCGUCUAUGCUUUGCAUGAUGUUUCAGACAAAAUCCCAAUGACUAACUCUCCAAUUCUGGAUCCACUGCCCAACCUGAAAAUCAAAGUCUACAACACCUCAGGUGCAGUCACCCCCCAAGAUGACCUCUCUGAGUUCGCAUCAAAGCUGUCUCCUCAGAUGACACAGUCCUUGUUGGAGAAUGAGGCCCUCAACGUGAAGAAUCAGAGUCUAGCAAGGCAGACUGACCCAUCCUGUACUGCGUUUGGCACCUUCAACUCUCUGGGGGGUCACCUCAUUGUUCCCAAUUCAGGAGUAAGCUUGCUGAUUCCCGCUGGGGCCAUUCCCCAAGGGAGAGUCUACGAAAUGUAUGUGACUGUACACAGGAAAGAAAAUAUGAGGCCACCCAUGGAAGACACCCAGACACUCUUGACCCCUGUGGUGAGCUGUGGGCCUCCUGGAGCUCUGCUGACCCGCCCUGUCAUUCUCACCAUGCAUCACUGCGCAGAUCCCAAUACUGAAGACUGGAAGAUACAGCUCAAGAACCAGGCAGCACAGGGACAGUGGGAGGAUGUGGUGGUGGUUGGGGAGGAGAACUUCACCACCCCCUGCUACAUUCAGCUGGAUGCAGAGGCUUGCCACCUCCUCACGGAGAACCUUAGCACCUAUGCCCUGGUUGGGCAGUCCACCACCAAAGCUGCUGCGAAGCGCCUGAAGCUGGCCAUCUUCGGGCCACUUUGCUGCUCCUCUCUGGAGUACAGUGUUCGAGUCUACUGUCUGGACGAUACGCAGGAUGCCCUGAAGGAAGUACUGCAGCUUGAGAGACAGAUAGGAGGACAGCUCCUAGAAGAACCUAAGGCUCUUCAUUUUAAAGGCAGCACCCACAACCUGCGCCUAUCGAUUCACGAUAUCGCCCAUUCGCUCUGGAAAAGUAAAUUGCUGGCAAAAUACCAGGAAAUUCCUUUUUAUCAUAUCUGGAGUGGGUCUCAAAGAAACCUCCACUGCACAUUCACCCUGGAAAGAUUUAGCCUGAACACAGUGGAGCUGGUCUGCAAACUCUGCGUGCGGCAGGUGGAAGGAGAAGGGCAGAUCUUCCAGCUCAACUGCACCGUGUCGGAGGAACCCACUGGCAUUGAUCUGCCUCUGCUAGACCCCGCGAGCACCAUCACCACCAUGACCGGCCCCGGCGCUUUCAGCAUUCCUCCCCCCAUCCGGCAGAAGCUCUGCAGCAGCCUGGACGCCCCACAGACCAGAGGGCAUGACUGGAGGAUGCUGGCCCAUAAGCUGAACCUGGACAGGUACUUGAAUUACUUUGCCACCAAAUCCAGCCCAACUGGCGUUAUCCUGGAUCUCUGGGAAGCACAGAACUUCCCAGAUGGAAACUUGAGCAUGCUGGCGGCCGUCCUGGAAGAAAUGGGAAGGCAUGAAACAGUGGUGUCGUUAGCAGCAGAAGGACAGUACUGACCCACACCAGAACUGGAAAUGAAGGGCGGGAAUGCACCGGGGGUCUGUGGCCGUCCAGGGCUUGGCCGUUGGCAAGGAAAUCCAGAACGGACCACAACCGAUGAGUUUCACAGGCAAGACUGUAAGCGGGAGAGAGAAGGAAAGCGGACACAACUGCUGGACAGACACGCCCACUUCCCCAGGACAUCCUCACAGGAGUUAAGAACAAUUGUGUAAAUUUGUACCUUGACGUUAGAAAUCGACCUAAUUUUCCUCUUAGUUGGGCUGUAUGCUGUGUGGUACAGGAUCUUACAGUUUCCUAGGAAACGCUUUUUAUUGCUAUCCAGGUAUAUGGAUAAUCUUUCUUAACAAACCCAAUUUCUACAAACGUUGUUUACAUCAAAUUGGACAGGGAGGCAGACGCUGUCCAUGGCUCGUUCUAUUUUUGUUUAAAUCAUUUGAAGUUGAAGCUGUGGACGGUUUGUUGUGUCUAUUUCAGAUGAGUAAUUCACAGAGAAAUCACAGACUUUUGCUACAAACUGUGUACAUCAAGUGUCUCAGAUAACCCUCCCAUCAGUGUUCUGUUUCUAGAACUUGUAAAACCAGUGUUACUGUUUGUAUCAGGGAAGUGGAGAAUCUAAGUAUAAAGGAGAAAUAACUAAUAUUCCUUAUUCCUCGAGGGUACCCGUCUGGUCACCCUUUGGGAACAAAGCUGUAGCAUUGCAGGGAAGACAGUGAUUCAUGUUUAGCCACACGAACAAGCAUUUUUUCACCACAUGUGUGUUUGUAAGAUGCAAUUUGAAGUGUUUUUGUUUUUUUUUUUAUAAAGAAAGGUAUCAUUAUUAUUAUUAUCACUAUUAUUAUUGAUGAGUAUUUACAAGUAUUCUAGUAAAAGGAUUUCCUUUUAA